UUUCCCUUCGUAAAUAAAGUCGACGUCACUGUGAAUCAAUGAUCGGCGCGUCCUCGGUGGAAGGGGCUGGGACGUCUCCCUCGCAGGAAAGUUUUCGCACGAGCGGCAGCCACUUUCCUCCGGGAAAAGCCCGGACAGGCUACCAAACCAAGCCAGGCUCCCAGCCAGCCGGCAGCACCGAAGGCGCCAAUGUCCACGCCGCCAGAGGGGUGGCGAGGAGGGACAGCUGCCCCUCCAGGCCAGAGGCCUCGGCCGUUCGGAGCACAAACCCGGACCGUUCGCCGAAGCAGGCUGGCUCGAAAGCGGUCUCCUUGAGUUGGAGGGAGUUUCCUUCUCCCCGAGCGGGCGUCGGGCAAGGACCGCGCGGCCUUUGGGACUGCCCGCGCUGGCUCUCGGCAGCCGGCGGCGGCGAGCCUGAUCUCGCCCGGGGCGUGCUCAGCAGGCGCGACCUCCUCGCCCUCCCUCCGGUUCCUGGGCUUUCCCCGCCCGAGGGGGCUCUCCGGCCGUCAGUCAUCCGGCAGGCCCGGUCGGGGAGCAGCCGCUCACUCCGCGAGGAAGCCGGCGUGAGCCGGGCUGGGCUGCCCUCCACAGCGGAGCCGCGCCAGGAGGAGGCGGCGCCGAGGGGCUCCCCGCGUCUCGGCCGAGACCAGCGCGCAGUCGGGCCGCGGAGGCCGCCGGCGAGCAUGCGGGCGGCGUCGGGGCGGGCGGCGGGGGCCCGCGAGCGGCGAGGCGGCGGGGGCCGGCGGGCGCGGGCGAUGCUGGCCGUGGCGCUGAACCUGCUGGCGCUGCUCUUCUCGGCCACGGCCUUCGGCACGACGCACUGGUGCGAGGGGACGCAGCGGGUGCCCAAGCCCACCUGCGGGCCUCUCAAGCGCAGCAACUGCCUCGACUACGGCGGCGGCGGCGGCGGCAACGGGACUGGCGGCAACGGGACUGGCCCGGCCUCGGGCCCCGCCGCCAACGUGGUGCGCUACAGCUGGGAGACGGGCGACGAUCGCUUCCUCUUCAGGGCCUUCCACGCCGGCAUCUGGUACUCGUGCGAGGAGAAUAUCAACACGCCCGGUGAAAAAUGCCGCAGUUUUAUUGAUCUUGCUCCAGCUUCUGAACGAGGGGUGCUGUGGCUGUCAGUGGUGUCGGAAGUGCUCUACAUUGUUUUGCUGGUCGUCGGUUUCAGCCUCAUGUGCCUUGAAUUGGUCCAUUCCAACAACUUGAUCGACGGGCUGAAGCUCAACGCUUUUGCAGCUGUCUUCACGGUGUUGUCAGGGCUUUUGGGAAUGGUGGCUCACAUGAUGUACACGCAAGUUUUCCAGGUAACGGUCAGCCUUGGCCCGGAGGACUGGAGGCCACACUCGUGGGACUAUGGCUGGUCCUUCUGCCUGGCCUGGGGCUCCUUCACAUGCUGCAUGGCUGCCUCGGUCACCACCUUGAACUCUUACACGAAGACAGUCAUUGAGUUCCGGCACAAGCGCAAAGUCUUUGAGCAGGAGGACCUGGCCUGCUCAGAUCCUGAGCCCAUCAAGUACUUCCAUGAGAGGGUUGCACAACACCCAGCUGUAAAGUGCCCCAAAACCAUAGAUGGUCCGAAUGGCCAGAAAAGGCUGUCUUCGUCUCCAUCAAGGUCUUCCACCAGCUCAGCUAAGUCCUCGUUGUUUUCGUUGGAGCCCACCAGCCGGCUUUCCUCCCCUGGACCCAGCUGCAUUGUCACAGCAGCUCCUCGAGGGGCCAUGAGCCACUCCCCCACGGAGCCCCUCAAUCUAAAUGCACAGGUGGCAACUGCAGCAGCAAGGCCCAGCCACAUGGGUCCCCCAAGAUUAUGGCUAGCAUCUCAGCCAGCCCAUCUGAAACCAAGCCCAGGACCCAGUGCAGACAUCCCAGAGCUGAAGGCCCCGCUAGCAGGUGGCACUCUCCGUUUUGCUAACCAAGAGCAUCCAGCCACCCCCGAAGGCAAUGGGCUGAGGAUGAGUAGAGCAGGUGCCCGGCUAAAAGGCCCUGAGGGGAUGAGCCCACCAGGGGGAUGCACAAAGCUUGCCGACAAGGAGUCCAGACCAGCUUGGGGAGAGGAAGCCCCUAGCAUGAGAAGCUUUAUCACCCGGCAGGAGUUCCUGGCUGUGGAGCAAGAACUAAAGCAAGUUCGGGAGGAGCUGAAAUGCCUCAAGUGGAAGGUGAGGCACAUUGGGGAGAACGUCCAGCCGCUGGCAGAGGAGAGCAAGCGCUACAACGGCUACACCUUGACAGAGCUGAAGGCCAUGGUGCAGUUUGAGAGAGACCCAUACAAAGCCGCCCACACGAUCCUCACGGCUCUCUUCAGCGAUGCCUACCUGCUGCAGCAGUCUGUUGCUGAACCGGCCUCUGAUGUCGAGACUCUCCGCAAGCCCAGAGUUGACCCAGAGCUGUACACGGUCUACUGUGGCAUCCUGCAGAGCAUAUUUCCUGGCCUGAGGGAGAAAGAUGCAGCAGGUGCAGAAAGGGAUUCCAAAGGAAACCCAGGAAAUGCUGGCCAGCGGAGAGAGGCCUCCCAGACCAACUCUGUGCUAGAGAUUUUCCAAGAACUGCUCUGUAGGGCAGGUCCUGUCCAGCAGGAAAGAGGGCACUUGAGCAUGACUGGAAGAGCAAGUUCCCUGGCUGAGGGCCAACAGGGCUCUCUCCUUCCACUGUAACUGCUGGAGAAUCCCAGCACUCUUGCCUACUGUUGCACCCAAGCUGGCCUGGAAGAGGCAUUUCAGCUUCUGUAAUUCCAACCCACAAGCCUGGCUCUGAAAUCAUAGCUUUUAAAAAAGGAAA